AUGGCGGAAGCUGUCAUCAGCAUUGCUGGAAGCAUCCUUGCCAAUCUAAUUACUGAAGCACUGCAAAAGGUAGGAAAGUUAGGGGGCAUCAAGCAUGAACUCAAGGAGCUUAAGAGCACCGUCUCCAUGAUUGGUGCCAUGCUGGACGAUGCAGAAAAACGAUACCACCAAAGUUACCAAAUCAAAGAUUGGGUUGAGAAACUAAAGGAAGUUUUCUAUGAUGCUCAGGACGUGCUUGAAGAAUUUAAUGUAGAAGCUACACGACAAGAAUUGAGGGGCAACAAUGUAAUGAUUGAGGAGGUAAGGACAUUUUUCUCAAGUUCAAACCAGCUUGCUUUUGCACUGAAGAUAAGUAGAAAAGUAAGAGCAGUGAGGGAGAGAAUGGUAGCCAUUAAGGCUGAAAAGGAACUCCACUUGGUCGAGCAACCUAUGGAUUUGCAAGCAGAGAUAGAGCGGGAGAGAGAAAAAGAGACAUAUUCGUUUACAUGUGUGAAAGACAUUAUUGGAAGAGAUAAUGAUAAAAGGAAGGUCAUGGAAUUCUUACUAGAUUUGGAUGUGAAAGAGCGCGUUUCCAUACUUCCAAUAGUUAGUAUUGGUGGGCUUGGAAAAACAACUCUUGCUCAAUGUGUGUAUAAUGAUGAGACGGAGGGGCUAGGGAAGCAAGAUCCUUAUAACCACACGCCUUCCUUUGGUUGCGGAAAUUACGGCCUUGCUUUGCCUUAUCAUCUCAAGGGCUUAUCUGAAAGUGUAUCUCUUGAUUUACUAAUGCAAAUGGCUCGUCAAAAAGAAGAGAAGAUACAAGAUUUGGACAUGCUAGCAAUUGGCAAAGAGAUGGUUAAAGAGUGUUUUGGGGGUUCCCUUGAUUAUGAGAUAGAGAAACGGACUUUGGUCAAUCUUUGGAUGGCAGAAGGAUUUAUCCGGCCAUCAAAUGGAAGUCAACAUUUAGAAGACAUUGCUCAUGAAUAUUUCGUGGAUCUACUUUGGAGAAACUUCUUCCAAGAAUUUCAAGAGGAUGGGGAGACUUGCAAGAUGCAUGAUUUGAUGCAUGAUCUAGCCUGCUCGGUUGCUGGGACCGAGUGUUGGGUGGCAUGGGAUGAUACAAAACCCAUACAUGAAAGAACUCGUCAUAUAUCUUGUGAUUCAACUUCCAAUUUGAUGGGUGAACCUCUAAAAUCAUGCUUGAAAGCAAGUGCACUUCGAACAUUUUUGUCCGUUACUAGAUAUUGGGGAAGGGAACCAACAAGUGAAGCAGAUUUACGCCAACUCAUUCAAAGUUUCAAGAGGUUGCGUAUCUUACAUUUGCAUGCGGCAGAUGUCAAGAAGGUGCCAAGGUUCAUUUGUAAGUUGAAGCAUCUAACGUACCUCGAUCUCUCUGGCAAUGAUGCACUCAAAAGGCUUCCUAACUCCAUCACAAGAUUGCAUAAUUUGCAAACACUUAAUCUCUGCUCUUGUAGAUCCCUCGAAGAAUUGCCAAGGGGUAUAAGGAAGUUAGUCAGCCUUCGAAAUCUAAACAUAGAUUAUUGCGACCAACUUAGUUAUAUGCCAUGUGGAUUAGGGCAAUUGAGUUCAUUGCAUAGGUUAAGUUGCUUUAUAUUGCCCAAAGAUAAAGCUCUUGCUAAGAAAUAUUGCGGACUUGGGGAGCUAAAUAGGCUUAAUAACAUUCGGGGAAGACUUUUCAUUGAAAAUUUGGGAAGUGUGAUAGAUGCAGUAAAAGAAUCCAAGGCCGCGAACUUGAGAGAGAAGGGUUCUCUGGAAUUCUUGAUUCUUUCAUGGGGUAUUUUCAAUAUUACUGAUGAAGCAAUGAUUUCGAAGAGAGAUGAAGCACUGUUAGAUGGACUGAGGCGACACGACAAUCUGCAGGAGUUGAUUAUCGAUGGAUAUAAUGGUGAGAGUUUCCGGAGGUGGAUGACCGAGUUGCCCAAUUUAGUUGGGUUAGCAUUGUCGGGAUGCGAAAGAUGUAAACAUUUCCCCCAAUUUGGCCUUAGUAAGUUGAAGCGUCUCAACAUCUCUGAUAUGAAGUUUCUAGAAUAUUUGCCUGGGAGUGUUUGGAAAGUCUCACCUCACUUGAAUCUCUUGGUAUCUUCAAUCUUCCUCGGUUAA